AUGGCAGCUCUUGGAAACGUGUUAGUUCUUCACGCCUUGUCGAAAUCCUCAUCGAUACCCGCUAAUGCCAAGAAAAUGUUUUCAAGCCUUGCUUGUUCGGACAUUGCUGUGGGAAUGUUGUCGCAACCGUUGAUGGGGGUCAUUAUAGCCGUGGCGUUGCAAAUGGCAUCGACGGACGACCAGGACCGCACCGACUUACUCUGUCCAGCGAUUUUGCCUGCGUUCUAUUUCCCCGUCGUUCUACUUGGAUGUGCAUCCUUUCUGAAUAUGAUCGCAAUUGCUGCCGAUACACUUCUCGCUAUUUCGCUCCAUCUUCGAUACCAAGAACUUGUCACUUCAAAACGUGUCAUUAUAGCCCUGGUAUCUCUAUGGUUAACAAGUGCCGUCUCUGCCUUAGUAUAUAUUUCACUCCCCGAAGGCAAUGACAUGGUAACUGGACUCUCAUUUGUAGGCCUUGUGUUGACGACUGCAACCUACGUUUAUAUUUGCAAAGUUGUUCGACAUCACCAAAAUCAAAUAGUAGGCCAACAUCAGAUACAAAAUAGCCAAGCAGUGGAGGUACUACGACAAAAGAAGAUCGCUUAUAAUGUCAUAUUUCUCUUCGUUGUUUUCCUAGCCUGUUACCUUCCGUAUUGUUCGUCUGAAAUUGUGCUUAUAACUAACAAAAGUUUGCCAAGUUUAAAAGCUAAAGCGGCUUCAAUUUUCCUUGUUCUUCUAAAUUCUUCAUUAAAUCCGCUCAUUUACUGUUGGCGAUAUCGAGAAUUACGCAAAAUUGUGAAAAGCACCUUGAAGAAAGUAAUGUGCAUAAACGAGGAAGAGACAUGAAGCAGAAAAAGAACUUCCAUAUAUCAAGUAAAUUCUGUAAACCGGGACACGUUUCAUUUUUUUGUUAAAUGUACAUUUGUCCAAAGGAGGGCAUAGGGUUUGCUCUUUGUGAAAAAAUAAAUUUGAUGAAAUAGCAACCUCACUGUUCUGUUAUCACAUGUAACAACACUUUAAUAUUAAUACUACUACUAAUAAUAAGAAUAACAACGGCAAUAAUAUAUAAUAUGCAAACAAUCUCUGUCAGAAAAUAUUGAAUAUAAUUGCAUAGAAGGUGACAAGGUGGAGGGUGGCUUUUUUUCUGCAGCAAUUUGGAUCGCGUUAGUUGGCUAAAUGUCUGCUAAUUGGUCACUAAUGGUCUACCGAUGGAGUGUAGCUAAAUGUCGUGGGUCGUGGGUAGUGGGUAGAGGUCGUGGGUCGUGGGUGUGGGUGUGGGUGUGGGUAAAUGUCGUGGGUAAAAAAAACCUUUUCCAAAAAAAAAUUAAAAUUAAAAAAUCAAAAGGCAAAAAGUUGUAAAAUUCAUGAAACGAAAAUCUCCGUGUACAUGCCAGUCCUACUCCCCUUCCCCGCGGUCAGCAAAACAAAUAAGCGAACCAUUUAGUACAAACAGACACUAAAAUAAGAAACUCUGUACACUAUGUAAACCUCUAGCAGGUUACAGAAAACUUUGAGACUAAACUGCUUUUUCUCAAAAAAGUCAACAUUCGUGACUGAAACGUCCUUUCAGUUAAAGGAAUGAUAUUUAGAAUCGUUACAGCAAAGAUUUUGUACGCAAAACAAAAAAAAAUCGAGAAAAUUAUAUUUACGUAAGGCAAUAAAAUUUACAUACUGUCCGCGCCUUAACUUGAAAGGUUGAGAAUGAAGGUGGUUCCUUCGUAAGUUGUUAGCUAGCCUAAAACUUCUUUAAGAAAGACUUCUAUGCAAAAAUAUGAAAUGCCUCAAAAUUGUCCUUUUUCCCUGCCCUUUCCCACGGUGAUCGCAUUCCAUCGUGUUAAGAAAUCUCCGCUGAUCAUUGAAAUAAAGAUUAAUGGUGAGCAGCCACAUCCAUUCAGCGAGUCAGAGCUGUUUAUCCCAUACUUUCUGCAAAUUGUACCUAUAACUUACGUCUGUUUCGUUUAUUUUGCUGCGAUAGCUCAGGUAUGUAUAAAUUUCCAUCGGCAACAUGUAUGGCAGUGAGUUAAUGUUUCUUCUAUCAGCGAUACGGACAUCUCGUUCAUUUGGAUCCCAAAGUUGCCUAAGGUCUGCUAAUUGGCCACUAAUGGUCCACUAAUGCUAGGAACACGUUUCCACCUUUCUAUUCAUUUUGAGCCACUCUAACCAACCAAUAAGGUGGCGUCCUUAAAAUAACCACGCAAUAGAUUGGAAAUAAUUUUCGUGGGAAGAGAGUCAUGUAUGGGGGAUUCGAUCUCUUAGCUUAUUCUCUCUUGAAUCCCUGUUAUGGAUUAGAACCUGUAUGUUUUUCCAAAUGAAUUUAUUUACCUUACAUGACAAGACGGAGCCUAAGUGACUAAGGCGGAAAAGAUAUGAAAUUACCAGUUCAGGAUUUUGUUCUUUGGGAAUUUUUCUUUUGAGUAAAAUAGGUUAACGACUGAGAAGAUUUAGUACCUAUAUCUUGCUUGGUUGAGUCAUUUUUUAGACCUUUGCAUUACCAAACCCUUAAUUAAUGUAUUUUAUUUUAUGGCUACAAUAGUACGCGCUCUGAUUGGCUGCUAAGCGGGUAUUUUUUUUCUUGUCAUGACUGGGCAUUACUAGCUAGGUGUCCAAGGAAUUUACAAUUUGUGUUUAACUUGAUGGUGGACAUCCUUAUAGACCUAUGUUAUGGUCAAUCGACAGCUGUCAAAAGGGGUAACCGCUGACCAGUGCUACUAAGUGGGAUUUUGGUCGUGAAUUACUGUACGGUAUAAUGUGCUACCACGUGUUCCAAGGAAAAUGGAAAAAAAACUUUAACUAUGCAGUGGAAAAUACAAUAAAAUCGUUUGGGGUGAAACCCUUACAAUCUCAGUCCUUUCGGAACCAAGUGAGCGAUUAAUAUUUAAUUUCUUUGGUUUCAUUUAUUGGCAAUCAUCUCAAUUAAUCUGUGCACAGGGUACACUUAAUCGCAGUAGGACUGCAAGAUAAGCAGAGCCUUUGGUCCAGACGUAAUUUUGAUUUUUUAGUGUACAAAAGUUGACUUUUUUAAAUUUAUGUCUUUAACAUAAUUCAACAUAACAUUAUAUUAAACUUUACAAUAACAGGGCGAUUAAAGGAUGCAAAACAGUGAAAAAAAAAAAGCUAAAUACGAAAGUUCUACAGUUUAACAACAACAACUGGAAGAACAAAUAGAAAAAUAAUAGAGUGCGCGUUUGCUAAAUUGCUAUAAAUCAACACUAAUCAGAAAUGCACAGGGUGGUCCACUUAUUUCUGUCUUUGUUAAGAUUUCCGUUUGUUAUUGCAAUUUCUCUUUCGCACUGGAUUUUAAUUUCCAGGAGAACAAUGAAAACCUCCAGUUCUGGGGUCUCAAUCUUGUUUCAAGCUAAGUAAACGUAAUAUUCCCCGUGGACGUUCCGUCUUCAAAACAAAAAAUGCAAGGUAAAAAGGUGUAUUGUUUUUGAAAAAAAAUAUCCCACAUUUUACUCGGGGCCACAAGGUGAUCAUGACUUCAUUCGUGUCUCAAUAUUUUCCUCGUCUUGGGACCUACUUAAAGAAAAUUCUCAAACCACUCUCUAUCGUUUAUUGGAAACAAAUGCAGUUUCUUUCAAACUCUUCAAAUGCGUAACGCGGUGAAGAAAACACUAGUGACGUCACCACUAGUACCCAGUCCUUGUCUCUUGUCCUGUUUUUAAGCGUGAAUAAGAGUAUAUUUAUUCGGAGAUGAUUUCCCUUUUUCCUAUAACCUUUGCUAAGAAACUGCUGUUGUUUUUUCCCACAGAGUUUACCCACUGACGAGGAUGACUUGAAACUCAUGUUAAAUCUCCUUAAGGAAAUGGAAAUCAAUGGGACGCUUCGCACUCUAGAGAUGGAAUCCCAUUCGCAGUUUACCGAUCAAUACGUUUUAGCUGUCUCGUCACAGUUAAAUGCCAUAUCCGAGCGCGGAUCCAGUCUAACGGACUUUAAAAAUAUGGCUAUAAAGGUAAAUAUCAUACGCUAUGAAACAGCAGUCUGCGCCACAUGUGAAACUAAACCUCUGGUUAAGUCCGUCCGGUGUCACAGUGAUAUGGGCAUCCCCGCGUUUUUGGCAUCCCUAUUCCCAAAACCCUAGUGAUAUGGACAUCCCCUUCUCAUAUUACCUUAGCGAUUUGGGUUAGGGUUAGGCUUAGGGUUACUAGGGAUGCCCAUAUCACGGAUCAUUUUACGUGUCUGGGAAACUGCCGACCUACCCCUCCCCUAAACCAAUGUUGGCCUAGGGGAAGGGUAGGUGGGCAGUUUCCCAGAAACGGAAAAUGAUCCCAUAUCACUAGGGUUUUGGGAAUGGGGUUGCCCAAAACGCGGGGAUGCCCACAUCACUGUGACACCGGGGGCCAGCGCCGAAAUCCUUGCUCUGGGCCCCCACCUAUGUACCAGGAUUUGAAUAGGCGCCAUAAUUGGCCUGUUAAAAAAGCUGUUGUCGAUUUGCCAAUCAGGUUGAAGGAAAAUUCGAAAGGCACUUCCAGUAAAUCGUUGAGUCCGUUUGGGCCCAGGCCUCGGUUCAUGAAAGGCCAAUUAGCGCGAAUCCAGGAUUAAAAAUUUUGUUCCACCUUUUGUAUUUACCUUCCUAUGCAUUGCUUAGAGUAACAUUCUAUGUUAUCAUGACUGAAUCUCGGAGUAAAGACAACAGUAUUUUGUAAGCUCGAGUGACAUGUUCUUAGACAAGAAAACCUUGCUUUGAAAUUUGCUAAACUUAACCAUCUUUCGGAGAAUUGGGCCCAGACCAAGUUACAAUAAAACUGUCGUUAGGUAAUUAAACAACGUUUACUCGUAAAAGUGUCUGCUUUAGUCUUUACAUCCAUAAAACAUGUGUCCGUGGCGUUUCUUCAGCGGGCCCUUUUAAUACGGACACCCAGAUCUUACAGUCACGACGCCAUGUCUUCUUGGUGUCCGUUUUAACCGGGUUCUACUGUAAAACCAAAUUUUCAUAUUUUUUUUUACAGAGUUCUUCAGUUCCUUUUGAUACUAAACCUUCCAUUUUCACUGUGCUUUCCCCUCAGAUCCGUAACCGCAUGAGGCGGACUCUCUCAGAGAAACUGCGCAUGCUCUGUCUAUGCUCUCCGCUGUUCCUGAUGAAUGUGAUACUGAGACCAAGGUGCCUAUUGAUUUAACCCGUUCAAUAUUUUAACAAAUAUAAGCGGGUUCUAACUAGAAGAAUUGUAAGUAAGCCCCUUUACCUUUCUUUUGUGGUUUAAUAAACUUUUGGAAAGGGGAAGAUACACCGCUGAUAAGAAUAUGUGUUGCUUACUAAACUCCGGGCAGGAAUAAACUGUAGUUUCAGAAAAACACCGCCUUCUAGGUUAAAUCUAAAAUAAACGCCAGGCUAUUUAAUUGAGAAAAUAAGUUACUUCAAAAAGCGUCUUUAUAUUUUCAAGAAUUGCUUUAUAUUAUUUCACCUGGUGCUAAAUGGUCACAACAUGGUAUUCUAAAUUGAACUAUGAUUAAAAUACAGACCACAUCACUCUACUGUAGGUUUAUUAGCGAGUGAACACUGCCUACCCUGGGGUGUUUAAGUUGCGAUCACAAUUCUAUGUUUUUACAAAUAGUAUAGAAAAAAAUGAGUAAAGGACAAAACGAAACAUCAUCAUCAUCAUCAUCAUCAUCAUCAUCAUCAUCAUCAUCAUUAUCAUCAUCAUCACUAUCAUCAACUUUAUUAGGUCUCUAAGCGUUCUUGCGCUUCUUAGCGCUAAUUGGGGUCACAUAGCAAGUAGCGUUUAUUUACUUUACGCAGUUGCGACUGA